AUCACUGGCACCAGGUGGAUUAUGAAUUUCUUUUAUUACAGUGUCCUGCAAAACGAUGCAAAUUGUGAGACUGCGAGUCCACUUGGGUCACGGGGUUCUCUCUUGGAAGUCUUCACAGUUCUGAUGUUUGACAUAAAACCACAGUUUCCUUUUACAAACAUGUUACAUUUGAGUGUGUACGUCUAGUGUUUAAACCAAAUCUUUAUACUAAUUAUCUCAUUCAUUUCUCAGUUGGUUUCACCUGCACUGAUAUUGGUAUACUUAAAUUUACGAAAACCCUUUUUUAAAGGAUAUCCCUAAACACACCUCGCAUCCAAAAUGGCUGCUUCAAACCAUGCGGCUGAUAAACCAGAUUGCGGCCUAGCCAAGCUACCAUUAGCAUCAUCAUAAUAGGUGAGGACAGCUAUAUGAACAACCAAACAAUCACAGUGGCAUGAAAUAUAAUAAAUCUGCAAGAGGCCUUCAGAAUCAACAAUGCAGGCGAUUGGGGACAUACAGUUGAUUGACAGUUGCGUUAGCCAAUCAGAUCACGAGUUGCUGUCAUUAAGGCCUUCCAGCUGGGCGAAGGUGGAACAUGACAUUUUCGCAUCCUGUGAUUGGAUACUCAUCGAGACCAUUAGGGGAUUAAUUUGACAACACAUAGAGUUGAUAAGACAUUUGCUAUAGCCAAUCAGAUCACAAGUUGUUGACAGUGUUCUGGUGUUAACGAGACUGUGAUUGGAUAAACACUUGUCAUUCCACAGUGAGUAUCCAUUCACAAGUUGCAAUUUAGGAGGAAGCGGAAAGUGUUGUGCCGUAGCAAGACUGGGAUGGCAGAGAAGGAGAACAAAAUGUUGAUUAGGGGGCAGAUAUAUAUUUGCAAGGCCGUUUUCAAGAAGGAUAUUUAUAGAGAAACUACAUCCUGUGAGACGAUGCCGACAAACCCCAGAAGCAAGCUCAGCUGUUCUGGCGAUGAAAAGCUCGCCAUUUCCACUCGAAUAAGCCGACGACAAGAGGUACCACUGGCUUAGACGGCGUCGAAUAGGUCCUAGGAAUUGCAUGAAGCUGUCCUGCUGCUGCAGGCUGGGCGUCACCGUCUUGCUGCUGCUGUUGCAGCUGGCCAUCAGUCAGCUCUGCAGGUCCUUCACCACGCUGCUGGAUGGCUUCCACACGCUCUUCAUCCUCAUGCACAUCGCUCUUCCACACCCACAACUCAAGCCCCCCCUCGGGGCAAGUUCAGCGUCCGUGUCUCAUGACCUCCACUCCUCUCUCAGGCCACUCGGGGGUCAGGUGUCCCACCCUGACAGCAGGACCGGGCCUGUGGGGGCCUUCCUCUCUGCCCUCCUGCUGGCCUCUCUUUGCAUCUCCUGCUUGAUGCAGGUCAUCAGUUUCCCCCUGGACCCCCACCCUGUGGAGCGGCCCCUGUUACUGCUGGUGGCCAGCCUGCUCAGUCUGCUGCACAAGGUGGUGGUGCUCGUGUGGCUGACCUGGAAUCUGCAGACAGGGGGCCAGCCUGAGCCUGAAUGUCACCUCGAAGUCAACCACGCAGCCUUGGAUCUGGAGGUUAGCAGAGUUCAGUCUGAAACGAAGCGCUCCUCGGACCACAGCGGGGAGCUGGUCCUCUGUGACCCGGCAAGCUCCAGUGUUCCAGAUGGAGGGAGGCGUUCCCAGGAUCCGAAGCCCUGCAAACCCGAGAGUCUGCCUAAAGACGGUGGAUGUCCCGGUAAGGCACGAGCCUUGGCUCAGGAGCACUCCCCAGUUGAAGUUUGCAGAGUUCAGUCUGAAACGGAGCGCCCCUCGGACCACAGCGGGGAGCUGGUCCUCUGUAACCCGGCAAGCUCCAGUGUUCCAGAAGGAGGGACGUGUUUCCAGGAUCUGAAGCCCUGCAAACCCGAGAGUCUGCCUAAAGACGAUGGAUGUCACGGUGCAGACCACACAUCGUUACAUGACCCCAGCAGCAGGUGGCCCUUCUGUCCACCCACAUGGGUCUACGUCCUACACAGUAUGUCCACUUCAGUCCUGGUUCUAAUCACCAGCCUGGUGUUGCUGCUGCUAGGGCCCGAAGACUAUAUGGUCUACCUGGAUCCAGGCCUCUCCGUCCUGGCGGUCAUGAUACUGGUGGCUGGAACCUCACCACAGGUGCACAGGUACGGACUGAUGCUGAUGCAGGCCACGCCUCCACACCUGUGUGUCUCAGAUGUCACCAUGAAGAUCGGGAAUGUGCCGGGGGUUGAAGCGGUGCACGAGCUCCACAUUUGGGAACUGGCAGAUUCCCUCAUGGUGGCCUCGGUCCACGUGCGCUGUCAAGCGGCCUUUACGGCACACAGGUGUGCUGAGCUGAUGUCGGGCGUCACCAAGGUGCUGCAGAAUGCGGGCGUGACUUGUUGCACCGUGCAGCCAGAGUUCGCCCCCAGCCAGAGUUCGUCUCUCCUCAGAAAUGAGCCCUUGGUCUGCAGCUUGUCAUGUGGUCGAGUCUGUGCCGGCCACACCUGCUGCCCUCUGCCCGCAAGCCAAGACUGCACAGGCCCGCCAGCACCUGCAGCGGAAAGCACAACAACAGCAGUACCUUGAACACAGCUGUGACACACGCACAAUAAAGGAAAACGGGUUCAUGUGACCGCACGUUUUUAAAUACAGUACUGUAUCCUGUUUAUUAUAUUGUAACAGAGAUGAUGGCGUGCAUUGCAUACAUGCUAUACUUGUGUUAAUGUUAGUGGACACUUUAUUGAUUAAAAAAAGAACCGUGAAACACUUUGUAAAUAUUCUCUCAAAUAAAUGAGAGGGUGGCCAGCCUGAGCCUGAAGGUCACGUUGAAGUCGACCACGCAGGUAACACUCCAGGGACAACACUAAUGGUGUGACGCUUGCUGGGCGUGGUGGUGCGGGUUCGUUCUCGUAAUUAUGCAGUUGGACUUGGACACAGCGUGAAGGUUGGAAAUGAUGAUUUAUUUACACUAAAAAAACAGACUAACUUGCACGAGGCAUAAACAGGCAAAACAAAGAGCUAACAUGAGAGCUAGAAAAUAGGAAGCAUAGCGUGGAAGCUAGAAAGUACAAAAAUAGUUUUACCACAGUCGGGAAUCAGCGUCGUCACCUGUUUCAUGGAACAGAAACUAGGAAGCAAGGACGAGUCAACUGAAAAGGCAGGCCUAAAUAAGGAGAGUAAUUACAAACAGGUGUGAGUCCGGAAACAAGAAGCAGGGGAAACUAAUGCGUGACUAUGGCAAGCGAACAAACAAAGAACUAAGGAAGUCAAACACUAACAAGAUGUGAUGCAAAAACGGAACAAAACCAGAACAUGAUCCGGGCAGCGGAUCAUGACAAAUGGGUUACUAAACAAAAGCCCAUUGACACCUGCUAAAAACAAACAUUUGGAGACACAUGCUUUCAAUAUCAAUCAAUCAAUGUUUACUUAUAUAGCCCUAAAUCACUAGUGUCUCAAAGGGCUGCACAAACCACUACGACAUCCUCGGUAGGCCCACAUAAGGGCAAGGAAAACUCACACCCAGUGGGACGUCGGUGACAAUGAUGACUAUGAGAACCUUGGAGAGGAGGAAAGCAAUGGAUGUCGAGCGGGUCUAACAUGAUACUGUGAAAGUUCAAUCCAUAAUGGAUCCAACACAGUCGCAAGAGUCCAGUCCAAAGCGGAUCCAACACAGCAGCGAGAGUCCCGUUCACAGCGGAGCCAGCAGGAAACCAUCCCAAGCGGAGGCGGAUCAGCAGCGCAGAGAUGUCCCCAGCCGAUACACAGGCGAGCAGUACAUGGCCACCGGAUCGGACCCCAUCCACAAGGGAGGGGGGGACAUAGGA